AUGCGAUGGACUCAUGCCAGCAAGGCGAGGAAACCGGAUUCUGGUAGUAGUCUUAAAUCUACAACCACGAUUUAUGGAAAGACUCCAGAAUAUUUCCUAGUAAUAUCAUUGGAUGAUGGAGUUACACCUGUUCAUCCGAGUUCUAUGUGCAUUCAUUCCUGCAUCUUGCCUCGAUUUAUCAGAUAUCCUUUGCAUUGGUUAUACAAGAUCCUUGCUUGA